AUUUCGCCAAACUCUAAAAACAAAAUGAAUAUGACAUUGUAGAAAAAAAAAUUUUUCGACUUCGAAGAUUUUAUAAGCUCUUCAUUGUCACCUCUGAAAGAUAUAGAAUUAUAUACUCAUACUUUAGAUAUUUCAAAAUUAUUGCAAGCCUUAUUAAGUUGUACAAAUGUCUAAGCUUUGAAGUUAAUAUUAUCAUAUUUCAAUAUUGACGGAUAAGGUAUAUCAAACUUAAGCAGUACUUUAGCAACAUUAUCAAAUCUCUAAAAAUUGAGCUUACGUUUAGUUGGAAUCUAAAUUGAUUUGUAGAGUGUAUCUAUUUUAGGAUCUAAUUUAUCAUAAAUCAAGAACCUUUCAACAUUAGAACUUAAUGUUGGAAAUAAUCAAAUUAAAGAUAAAGGUGCAGAAAUUUUAAUUUCAAAAUUAGCUGAGUGUAGUAGUCUUACUAACCUGACAAUUAACCUUUAUGAAAACUAAUUAACUCCUUAAGGAUUGUAAGGUUUGGGAGCUGCUUUAGUAAAAUAUUAAAAUCUCAUAGCUUUAACCCUUGAACUUGAUUGUAAUGAUUUUAGUGGUGACUAAGGUUUAACUGGAUUGGAUUUUUCUCUAAUUUGCUUCUCUAAACUCAAAGAUUUAUCUAUUUCAAUUUAUGAUUGCAAGGUAAACUCAAAAGCUGCAUCUAGCUUGGGUUAUACUUUAUCAAAAUGCAAUAAUAUUUCUAAGUUAAAACUCAAUAUGUAAUUAAAUCUAAUUAGUUCUAGUGGUGCAAUAGCUUUAUGCUCUGCUUUAACAGGUUGCUCUAAUAUGCAAAAUCUGUGUCUUUAUUUAUAUGACAACUAAAUUGAUGACGAAGGUGCAUUAGGUUUAGGCUUAGCUUUAUCUUCUUGCAUAAACCUAACUAAUUUAUAUCUAAGCCUAGAUAAAAAUAAAAUAUCUCCUACUGGAGCUUCAGCUUUAGGUUCUUAAAUAGCAAAUUGUUCAAAUAUAAUUAAUUUGGAAUUUGAUCUUAGCUAAAAUUAAAUUGGAUCAUAAGGUGCAAAAGGUUUAGUCUCUCCUUUAGUAAAAUGCAAUAAACUUUAACAUUUAACACUUAGGAUUAUUGAUUGUAAUAUAGGCGAUUAGGGUCUAGGUCUUACUCUUGCAAGUUUAACUAAUGUUCAAUACUUAGAUUUACUUUUAAGUAACAAUUAAAUUGGAUGUUAAGGAAUUCUAGAUUUAUGUUCUAGCUUUGAAAAAUGUAUUAACCUCUAAGGAUUGAAACUAUUCCUAGGGAAUAAUCAAAUUGAGUUUUAAGUAGUUUAAUUCUUAUCUACUACUUUAGCAAAUAUCUAAAAUCUCUAAACUUUGUCUCUUUCAGUAAAAUCUAAUUAUGAAGGUUUGUAAACCUUAUGUAUUGGUUUAAAAAACUGCAGCAAGAUAUUAUAUUUCUCUUUAGACCUUUACUAUAGUGAUGAUAUACAACAAGAUUAAGAAUUAAAAAUAAGAAAUUCGAUGUGCAAAAUAAAGAAAUUAGUGGAAAAAUAUAUUUUUACUUGA